AUGGCUAUGGUGCCAAAGAACCUCGCAUGGUCUCUCAAAGUUCCAAGCGUACAAGAGCUUGCAAGACAAAAGCUUGAGAUUGUUCCGGUGAGGUAUGUGAGAGAUGAUCUCAUCGUCAAUACUCCUUCUGAUCUGUCACUUUCUGUACCGUUGAUUGAUAUGACCAACUUGGUCAACCCUCGGCCUAGCCGUGAUGAGCUUCACAAGCUUCAUUCUGCAUGCAAACACUGGGGCGUGUUUCAGUUGAUAAACCAUGGAGUUUCGAUUGAAUUGUUAAGCAACAUGAAGAAGCAAGUUCGAGAAUUUUUUGAUCUUCCCUUGCAAGACAAAGAACAAUGGGGACAGAAACCAUGA